AUGAAUAACAUGCAUGAGAUCCUAGAAAAGAUCAAGAUAGGCAUAAAUGUGGUCAUAUUUCUUUUGAGGACUGAUCGUGGUAUACAAGCCAGUGAGGUGUGUGGUGAAUGUUUAAUUUUGCUCAACAAUUUGAACUGUGGUAUUGAUGACCUUGAUGUGAAUGAGGUGAUACUCAAUGCGUACUACGCAAUCUCUGGUUACACAAACGCAGCAAGAUACACCAGCAGACUAAUUGGUAUGUUCCACAAUGCUGGAAUAUUAAUGAUAAAACUGGGAAAAAAAUAUCGAGAAAAGAGUAGGUUGGUAGAAGCCAAGAAACUCUUUGAAAGAGCAGUUGCUAUCAUGAAAACUAUCGGCUAUAAAAGGAAAGAGGCAGUGGCUUAUCAAUACCUUGGAGACGUGUUUUAUUCUCUCGGUGAAUAUCAGAAGGCUAAAGAAUAUCACGAGAAAGCACUUGCCAUCGCAACAGAAAUUGGCGACAAAAACGGAGAAGGAACAUCUUACGGGUGCCUUGGAGCCGUGUUUCAAUCACUCGGUGAAUAUCAGAAGGCUAAAGAAUAUCACGAGAAAGCACUUGCCAUCGCAGCAGAAAUUGGCAACAAGAAAGGAGAAGGAACAUCUUACGGGAACCUUGGAGGAGUGUUUCAAUCACUCGGUGAAUAUCAGAAGGCUAAAGAAUAUCACGAGAAAGCACUUGCCAUCGCAACAGAAAUUGGCGACAAAAAAGGAGAAGGAUUAUUUUACGGGUGCCUUGGAGCCGCGUUUCAAUCACUCUGUGAAUAUCAGAUGGCUAAAGAAUAUCACGAGAAAGCACUUGCCAUCGCAACAGAAAUUGGCGACAGAAGAAGAGAAGGAGCAUCUUACAGGAAACUCGGAACUGUUUUUGAAUCACUCGGUAAAUAUCAAAAGGCUAAAGAAUAUCACGAGAAAGCAAUUGCAAUCGCAGCAGAAAUUGGCGACAAGAAAGGAGAAGGAAUAUCUUACGGGGACCUUGGAAUUGUGUUUGAAACACUCGGUGAAUAUCUGAAGGCUAAAGAAUAUUACGAGAAAGCACUUGCCAUCGCAACAGAAAUUGGCGACAAGCAAGGAGAAGGAAUAUUUUACGGGAACCUUGGAGUUGUGUUUCAAUCACUUGGUGAAUAUCAGAAGGCUAAAGGAUAUUACGAGAAAGCACUUGCCAUCGCAACAGAAAUUGGCGCCAAGCAAGAAGAAGGAACAUCUUACGGGAACCUUGGAGCUGUGUUUAAAUCACUCGGUGAAUAUCAGAAGGCUAAAGAAUAUCACGAGAAAGCAAUUGCCAUCGCAACAGAAAUUGGCGACCAAGACAAAGAAGUAACAUUUUACGGGAACCUUGGAGGAGUGUUUCAAUCACUCGGUGAAUAUCAGAAGGCUAAAGAAUAUCACGAGAAAGCAAUUGCCAUCGCAACAGAAAUUGGCGACCAAAACAAAGAAGGAAUGCUUUACGGGAACCUUGGAGGAGUGUUUCAAUCACUCGGUGAAUAUCAGAAGGCUAAAGAAUAUCACGAGAAAGCACUUGCCAUCACAGCAGAAAUUGGCAACAAAAACGGAGAAGGAACAUCUUACGGGAACCUUGGAGGAGUGUUUCAAUCACUCGGUGAAUAUCAGAAGGCUAAAGAAUAUCACGAGAAAGCACUUGCCAUCGCAACAGAAAUUGGCGACAAAUACCAGGAAGGAGCAUCUUACGGGAACCUUGGAGUUGUGUUUCAAUCACUCGGUGAAUAUCAGAAGGCUAAAGAAUAUCACGAGAAAGCACUUGCCAUCGCAACAGAAAUUGGCGACAAGAAAGGAGAAGGAACAUCUUACGGGAACCUUGGAGCCGUGUUUCAAUCACUCGGUGAAUAUCAGAAGGCUAAAGAAUAUCACGAGAAAGCACUUGCCAUCGCAACAGAAAUUGGCGACAAAAACGGAGAAGGAACAUCUUACGGGAACCUUGGAGUUGUGUUUCAAUCACUCGGUGAAUAUCAGAAGGCUAAAGAAUAUCACGAGAAAGCACUUGCCAUCGCAACAGAAAUUGGCGACAAGAAAGGAGAAGGAACAUCUUACGGGAACCUUGGAGGUGUGUUUCAAUCACUCGGUGAAUAUCAGAAGGCUAAAGAAUAUCACGAGAAAGCACUUGCCAUCGCAGCAGAAAUUGGCAACAAGAAAGGAGAAGGAACAUCUUACGGGAACCUUGGAGGAGUGUUUCAAUCACUCGGUGAAUAUCAAAAGGCUAAAGAAUAUCACGAGAAAGCACUUGCCAUCGCAACAGAAAUUGGCGACAAAAACGGAGAAGGAACAUCUUACGGGUGCCUUGGAGCCGUGUUUCAAUCACUCGGUGAAUAUCAGAAGGCUAAAGAAUAUCACGAGAAAGCACUUGCCAUCGCGGUAGAAAUUGGUGACAGGGAAGGAGAAGGAGCAUCUUACAGGAAACUCGGAACUGUUUUUGAAUCACUCGGUGAAUAUCAAAAGGCCAAAGAAUAUCACGAGAAAGCACUUGCCAUCGCAACAGAAAUUGGCGACAAAAACGGAGAAGGAACAUCUUACGGGUGCCUUGGAGCCGUGUUUCAAUCACUCGGUGAAUAUCAGAAGGCUAAAGAAUAUCACGAGAAAGCACUUGCCAUCGCAACAGAAAUUGGCCACAGAAAAGGAGAAGGAGCAUCUUACAGGAAACUCGGAACUGUUUUUGAAUCACUCGGUGAAUAUCAAAAGGCUAAAGAAUAUCACGAGAAAGCAAUUGCAAUCGCAGCAGAAAUUGGCGACAAAAACGGAGAAGGAACAUCUUACGGGUGCCUUGGAGCCGUGUUUCAAUCACUCGGUGAAUAUCGGAAGGCUAAAGAAUAUCACGAGAAUGCACUUGCCAUCGCGGUAGAAAUUGGUGACAGGGAAGGAGAAGGAAGAGGCUAUAUAAAUCUUGGAGCUGUGUUUCUAUCACUUAGGAAAAAUAAGCAGGCUAAAGAGCAUUUCGACAAAGCGCUUUCCAUCAGCACAGAGAGCGGAAACAGGAAAUGUGAAGGAGAGUGCCACGCAGGCCUGGCACGUUUUUUUUAUUCGCUUCAUGAUUACCAGAAGGCUACAGAACACGAUGGCAAAGCCCUUGCCAUUAGCAUGAACACUGGCGAUAGAAAAGCCAAGGAAGAACGUACCUACACUUUGGUCAUGUGUCUCUAUCGCUCGGCAAUUAUAGCGAAUCAGAAAAGUACUUCGAGAAAGCGCACUUGAUAAGCAACAAAAUUGGAGACAUUAUGACUGACUUUGAAAGCCUCCUCGGAAUCACCUUGUUAAAGAUACCGCAAUCAGAGUUAGAGAAGGCAAUGCUGUAUCUUUCUCAAUGUAUGAAAAAAUAUGAAGAGAUGCGAAGUCUCCUCGCAGGAAACGAUGACUUAAAAACAUCUCUCUUAGAAGGGCGCGGUAAUUUUCCCUACAAGUUGUUCAGUCAGUUGCUUUGCGUCACUGGAAGACAUCGAGAUGCUCUCUAUGUGGAGGAGCUGAGACGAGCUAGAGGCCUUGCGGAAUUAAUGGGAGAUAAGCUCUCAGUUGAAAGCCACAUCUCAACUGAUUCAACAUCAUGGUUUGGGAUCGAAAACAUUGUAAAUAAAGAAAACAGCUGUGAUGUUUUGUACAUUUCUUAUUGUGAACGGCAUGUUCAUCUGUGGGUUUUGAAAGCAAACGGAGACAUUAAGUAUAGAGUGAGCCCCGAAAUGGAAAUCGACACUCUCAUCGCUGUAUCAGUUUGUAAUGUGGAGGACAUUUUUAAAAGAAGUGCUUCCAGCUUUGGCGUUCUUAUGAAUGAGAAUUGUGAAGAUCGAUCUCUGGAUGACGACACUCCCAUGCUCCAUGAAGCGAGCCAAGCGACUGUGCGAGUUGACCAGACCAAAGCCAAAGCCCAAACCCAAAGAAUUCUUCAGUUGUGCUUUGAACAGAUCAUCACUCCUGUACAAGAUCUACUUACAGAGCCUGAAAUCAUCAUUGUGCCAGAGAGUUGCUCUUACCGAGUCCCUUUUGCUGCCUUACGAGACGAAACAGCUGGAAAGUAUUUAGCAGAGACUCACCGCAUCCGAAUCGUUCCUUCUUUGACAACUCUCGGGCUCAUUCAGGAAUGUCCAGCGGACUGUCACAGUCAGACUGGAGCACUAGUGGUGGGUGAUCCCAUGGCUGUCGAAGUGCAAUACAAAGGACGUACCUUACAGUUGGAACCAUUGCCUUUUGCAAGAAAGGAAGCAGAGAUGGUUGGUCGACUCCUGGGGGUUCAGCCUUUGUUAGGAGAGCACGCAACAAAGAAGGCGGUACUUCAAGCAAUUCAUUCAGUGAGUCUACUACACCUUGCUGCUCAUGGUAACGCUGAUAGAGGGGAGAUUGCCCUUUCCCCUAAUUGUGCCUUGAACAGUAUUCCAAAAGAAGAAGACUACCUUCUGAAAAUGUCUGACAUUGCGAAGGUUAGGUUGCGAGCUAAACUGGUAGUACUUAGCUGUUGCCACAGUGGGCGUGGAACGUUUAAAAAGGAAGGAGUCAUUGGAAUCGCUCGGGCUUUCUUAGCAUCCGGUGCUCGUUCAGUGUUGGUAGCAUCGUGGGCCAUACAAGACGAAGCAACAGAGGAGCUCAUGAAUCAUUUCUACGAACAUCUGGCUGCUGGAGAAAGUGCUAGUGAAUCCCUUCACCAGGCCAUCAAGUGGUUGAGGAGCAAAGGCUUCACCGAACCUUCUCAGUGGGCUCCGUUUGUGUUGAUGGGAGACAACGUGACAUUUGACUUAAAAAAAUUUAGGUAA